AUGGCGCUGACGGACUGUGCCGGGAGGCCGGUGGUCCCUGGGUACGGUGCGCUCUAUGCGCCCCCGAUGGAGCCAGCGGAUUACAAACUCCAGUUAAGUGGCGCACCGUCCUCCUCCUCCACCCCAUCUUUCACCCAGAUGUGCGAUUGUGUGUUCAGCAUGAGCAACAUCUACGAGUCUGCAGAGGCCACGUUGGGCUUCAUCAGCUCUCCGUGCCUCACCAAAGUGGAGCUGAGAGUUGCCUGCCGGGGCAUCUCGGACCGCGACGCUCUCUCCAAACCCGACCCCUGCGUGGUGCUGAAGAUGCAGUCACACGGCCAGUGGUUUGAGGUUGACCGUACAGAGGUGAUUCGUAGCAGCAGCAGCCCAGUCUUCUCCAAGAUCUUCCUGGUGGAUUACUACUUUGAGGAGGUGCAGAGGCUCCGCUUUGAACUUCAUGACAUCAGCUCUGGCAACAAUGGCCUCCGUGAUGCUGACUUCCUGGGAGCCAUGGAGUGCACCUUAGGACAGAUCGUCUCUCAGAGGAAACUGACCAAAGCUCUACUCAAGCAGGGAAACACUGCUGGAAAGUCUUCAAUAACGGUGACAGCAGAGGAAUUGUCUGGCAAUGACGAUUACGUUGAACUCUCCUUCAGCGCUCGCAAGUUAGACGACAAGGAUUUUUUCAGCAAAUCAGACCCUUUCCUGGAGAUCUUUAGAAUAAACAAUGACGGGACCGAGUCGCUCGUCCACAGAACUGAGACGGUCAUGAACAACCUGAGCCCGGUUUGGAAAUCCUUCAAAGUUUCCUUGAACACACUCUGCAGUGGUGACCAUGACAGGGAGCUAAAGUGCACAGUUUGGGACUGGGACUCUAACGGCAAACAUGACUUUAUUGGGGAGUUUCAGACCACCUUUAAGGAGGUGCGAGCAGAGCAGGAGGGCAAACAGAUUCAGUGGGAGUGCAUCAACCCUAAAUACCAGUUGAAGAAGAAGAAUUACAGAAACUCUGGUGUGGUCAUCCUCAACCACUGUAAGAUCAUCAAAAUGUAUUCCUUCCUGGAUUACAUCAUGGGAGGCUGCCAAAUUCAGUUCACAGUGGCGAUAGACUUCACAGCGUCCAAUGGGGAUCCCAGAAACAGCUGCUCCCUCCACUACAUCCACCCCUACCAGCCCAACGAGUACCUCAAAGCGCUGGUGGCGGUAGGGGAGAUCUGCCAAGACUAUGACAGCGAUAAAAUGUUCCCUGCGUUUGGUUUUGGAGCUCUGAUACCACCUGACUUCAAGGUUUCGCACGAUUUCGCCGUGAACUUUGAUGAGGACAAUCCUGAAUGUGCUGGGAUCCAAGGCGUGGUGGAGGCCUACCAGAAUUGCCUCCCCAAGAUCCAGCUGUACGGGCCCACCAACAUAGCCCCAAUCAUCCAGAAGGUGGCCUCGUCCGCCUCCGAGGAGAUGCACACCAAAGAGGCCAUGGAAUACUUCAUCCUGCUGAUCCUGACAGAUGGCGUCAUCACCGACAUGGCGGACACGCGAGAGGCCAUCGUGCACGCCUCCCACCUGCCCAUGUCCGUCAUCAUCGUCGGCGUGGGCAACGCAGACUUCACGGACAUGCAAAUACUGGACGGGGACGACGGGAUCCUUCGUUCACCGAAGGGCGAGCCGGUCCUCCGUGACAUCGUCCAGUUUGUCCCCUUCAAGGAUUUCAAACACGCUUCCCCAGCCGCACUGGCUAAGAGUGUUUUGGCAGAAGUUCCGAACCAGGUGGUGGAUUACUACAACGCUAAAGGCAUCAAACCCAAGUGCAUGUCAGACUUCGAAUCCACAAGAACCUUCAGCCCCUGA